AUGGACAAGGUAUGUGCAUUAGAGAACUUAUUCAUUGAAAAGAUCAAUGACCUUGAAACUGAACUCGAAAGUAAUGAAAUUGAGUUAAAGAGAAAGGGUAGGGCCUUGCUUUCUGAACUAGGGACGAUGGAAGUUACUGUUAAGCUGAUUCAAGACACUAUGAAACUGAACUGCUAUCUAGUAGUUGCUCUUCUCAUGUUAACUGGUAUUGGAAAAGCAGGACCAAUCAUGAUAUCAGGGACUGAGAAGCAAGCUCUCAUCAUGAAGCUUGUAGAGCAACUGUUGCAGAAAUUACAGGUAUAUCGUAUAUGGAGCACUGAUGAACUUUGGUAUGAUUCUGCAACAAUUCUUGAAUCUGACAGUGGUGAUGAAGAUUUCCAUAGCGUUCUCAAUGAUGUGCAGUCUCUAGAUGGCUCAGAAGGUGUCUCCUGGCCGAACAUUGAGGUUCAUAGAAGUUCAGUGCAUCCAGAAGACAUGGCAUUCCAAUCAAGAUGUGAUACAUCAUUUGAGAAGAGAUCUUUAAGCUCUAGCCCAUCAACCACAAGGAAAAAGGCUGCACACAAGUUGUCCUUCAAAUGGAAGAAUGGACAUCCUAAUGCCACUACCGUUUCUUCAAAGAUGCAUAUACAACGGCCUAUUGCUGGUUCGCAAGUACCCUUCUGCCCGAUAGAGAAGAAAAUGCUUGAUUCUUGGUCAUAUAUUGAACCUCAAACUUUUAGAGUACGAGGGAAGAAUUAUCUGAGGGACAAAAAGAAGGAGCAUGCUUCUAAUUACGCUGCUUAUUACCCGUUUGGUGUUGAUGUGUUCUCAUCUCAGAGGAAAAUUGAUCACAUUGCGCGGUUUGUAGAACUCCCUUCUGUUGGUUCUGUUUCUGCAGAAGUCCCAUCCAUUCUUGUUGUAAAUGUCCAGAUUCCAUUGUAUCCUGCUGCCUUUUUCAGAGGGGAAAUUGAUGGAGAAGGAAUAAGUUUCGUGUUGUACUUUAAACUUUCUGAUGGUUACUCAAAGGAACUAUCUUCUCAAUUUCAGGAUAACAUGAGAAGGAUACUUGAUGAUGAACUAGAAAGGGUCAAAGGUUUUCCUGUAGAUACACUUAUACCAUGUCGAGAAAGGUUGAAGAUAUUGGGACAUGUUGUAAAUAUAGAUGAUCUUCAGUUGAAUGCACCAGAAAGGAAGCUUAUGCAUGCUUACAAUGGAAAACCUGUGCUUUCACGUCCACAGCAUGAGUUCUACCAAGGAAAAAAUUACAUUGAGAUAGAUCUGGAUAUGCACAGAUUUAGUUGCAUCUCCAGGAAAGGGUUUGAAGCAUUCCAGGAUAGACUGAAAGACUGCAUUUUGGAUUUUGGCCUUACAAUUCAGGGUAACAAACCAGAGGAGUUACCAGAGGAAAUCUUAUGUGGUGUGAGGUUAAAUGGUAUCGACUACAAGAAUUAUCACAUGCUGGGGUUAAAUCAGGAGCCCUCAUCCCCAUGAUACUGUUACUUAUAGAGAACUUCCCUUUACAGUGUGGUCAGGUAUCAUUCAUGCUUAAGCAUAACGUGGUUUUUCCCCCACAAUUAGGGGGGAAAGAUGAGAGGCUAAAAUGAAACAUAUGAAUGGCAGAAGCCCAAAUGAUGGUAAUCCACUUUUUGUGGUUUACUCAAAAGUCUCAGCUAUGGAAAGCGUAUUGCACUCUAAAGAAGGAAAGAAACUCUCUGAGACUUGAUAAUAUGCGACUAAUUUGACUGAUGUUCUGGAUCAAAACCAAAAAAUUUAUGUCAUGGAUGAUGGCAUUUUUUCUUUCUUGUAAAUGAUACAACAUUAUCAAACACCAUACCAUCUCCUUUGAGGUUGUGGUCCUUUUCUAUAUGGAGAUAGCGAUAGGAUGUAUAAAUGGAAACGGGGAUUCAAACUCUAUAGCUUUAGAAUACAUGGAGUUUCUAGAUCUCAGACCUUCAAACUACAAUGAUCAAUUAUUUUGUUGGGAUGUAAGGAGUAUGCAUGAUGCCUUUAAAUUUUUGAGCAAUUGACUUUUCAAAUCUAUGUUAC